AUGGCGGAAGAGCUCGACAUUCUCGUUCUCGGGGCAGGCAUCUCCGGUAUUAAUGCCGCAUACCGUGUGCGAACCGAGCUGCCAGAUAGCACUUUCGCAGUGCUGGAGGCGCGUGACGUGGUCGGUGGGACAUGGUCCUACUGGAAAUAUCCCGGAUUCCGCUCCGACUCCAACAUGACAAACUUUGGCUUCGGGUGGCAUCCCUGGCCUCACGACAAGAAGAUCAUCGGAGGCGGCCCCAUUGCGGCCUACAUUGAAGACGCGGUCAAGACGCAGAACCUCGACCAGCAUAUCCGGCUCCAACACAAGGCCCUAGCAGCGACCUGGGACAGCGACGAAGCACGAUGGACACUCAACUGCACAACGCCUCAAGGGAACAAGCAGUUCAAGGCCAAAUACCUAUUUGUGUGCUCUGGGUACUACUCGUACGAUAAGGCGCUCGAUACACACAUUCCCGGCAUUGAGAAAUUCGAGGGCCAGACAAUUCACCCCCAAUGGUGGCCCGAAGACCUUGACUAUACCGGAAAACGCGUCAUUCUCAUCGGGUCUGGCGCCACGACCAUGACGCUAUUCCCUAAUAUGGCCAAAAUCGCCGGACACACCACGAUUCUCCAGCGCAGUCCAUCCUACGUCUUUGCCAUGGCACCCGAGUCGGCGACGGACAAGACAGUCAAGAAAUUUCUCCCGUUAUUCGUGGCCAACUGGUUCAUUCUGUUGAAGGACCUUCUGUUAGAGACGUUCUUCAUCCAGGUUGUCUUGAACUUUCCCACCACGGCCAAGAAGUUUCUCAGAUCCGAUGCCCAACGCCGGCUACCCAAGGAUUACCCGGUCGACAUUCACUUCAAGCCCAAUUACAACCCCUUUGAGCAACGUCUCAACAUGUGUCCUGAUGGAGACGUCUUCAAGGCUCUUCAUCUGCCCAACACGGAAAUUGUCACGGAUCACAUCGAGACUGUUACAAAUGAUGGUAUCCUCACAAAAUCCGGGCGACACCUGCCUGCUGACAUCAUCGUCACUGCGACGGGCCUGCAUGUUCAGCUCCUUGGCGGCACCGACGUGACAGUUGAUGGCGUUCAAGUCAAGGUCGGUGAGAAGUACUGCUGGCGCGGGUGCAUGCUUGACGGAGUUCCCAAUGCGGCAGCCAUCAUCGGCUACGUCACGCAAACCUGGACCCCCGGGGCUGACACCAUGUCGCGGCUGUUCAUCCGUGUUAUCAAGCAGAUGAAGAAGACUGGCGCUGUAUCCGCCACGCCGAUUUUGUCGGAGGAGGAGAAGAGAAGCUCACCCAGGUUACCAUGUGUCGAUGCUACCUCCAACUACUUCAAACGAGCGCAUGGCCGGAUGCCAGUCGUAACAAACCAGGGGCCUUGGUACGGGAGGAAGAACCUUAUUGUGGACAAGUUGGCGCUCUGGUUCGGCAGCGUGACGGUGGGCAUGGAAUAUCGCCUGCCAACCAAGUCGAAGAAUACGUGA